AAUAUCCACUGAGAUGCAAUUUCAUAAGACUGGUCAGGUUUGGAACAUUUUCUUUGCAUUUUGAGUGGCGUUAUUAUUGGAAACAAACUAUGCUUCAGAAGCACAUGCCUUUAAAAACGUGAUUUCAAUCGUUGUUUUUCUCGCAGGUAAAGAAUGCCGGGAAAAUCCCCCUGCGUCCCCUGCGGGUGAUGGGGAAAUGAAGGACGAUCCUCCUGCGUAUUCACCCCCAGCGCAGCAGCAGGGCGAUCCGCUGCAGCGAGCUUAUCCUCUUCAGCAAAUCUACCCACCCCAACUGGUGUACCCUACCCAGCAAAUCUACCCUGGGCAACAGGUCGGGUAUCCAUCGCCAGUAGCUUACAACCAAGUAGCCUACAACCGCCAGCGAGGCGCCAUAAUCUUGACGGCCUCAAGCCCAAAUGUAAUUGUGCGUAGCCAUGUUACCAAGAUGCCUAACAACUACAUGGGGUUGUCCAUCUUCGUCACCCUCUGCUGUUGUCUUCCGUUUGGGGUAGUUGCGAUGAUGAAGGCGUCUAAGGUCAAGGCUCGCUGGGCUGAGGGAGAUAUCAGAGGCGCGCAUUUGUCAUCCAAGGAUGCCAAGAUGUGGUCCACGUCCGGUCUGGUUAUUGGGGUCAUCUGGAUCAUCGUCUGUACCUUCGUUGGUUUUUACUUCUAUACAGUCAUACCCGCAUUGUCCGACUGAUACCAGACCACAGUAGUGCCGUUGCGCGUGAAGCGCCCUCACCGAGGACGAUAACGAUAUACGUAACUUCAACAUUUAUUUCAUGUUGGUAAAAAAUAUACAUUUGCAGCAAUAACAUGUAAUAUUCAUAAUAGUGUGUAUUCAAUUACAAUUAUUUGCACAAGUACUUAAUUGAUUAAUUAAUCGGCUAAUUACCAACAUGUGGGGAUAACAAUGAAGCAAAAGCUUUUAAGCUUAGCCUAUUCCUAAACAUACAAAAAUAACAUAAAACUACCAAACACGAGUACAUUACCUGCACGGGACAUAAUUUUACGAAAAUAAUAUAUACAGACCGAGAAACAAAUAUCAUUUGUUUUUCGUUCUAUUGUUUGGGUCUGCAUAUAUUAUUUUCGUAUUAAAUUCAUAAACGGCGCCUCACAUUGAAGCAGCCAUUGACAAGUUCAUCUCUUAUACUUUAACUUUAAUAAGACAAUAAUAACGGGCCUAUUAUAUUAAAGGUAAAUAUGUGGUGUUAAUUUUUGAAACCUCGAUCACAGUUUACCAAAAAUGCAUUUAGGCUUAAUAAAGAUUUGUUUGUAUAUCAACUCUUAA